AGCGCGCCUUGGGGUCUCUUGUUGCCAAGAUGGACGACAUAUUCGCUCAGUGUCGGGAAGGCAACGCCGUGGCUGUGCGGCUCUGGUUGGAUAAUACAGAGAAUGAUCUAAACCAGGGGGACGACCAUGGGUUCAGCCCGUUACACUGGGCGUGCCGCGAGGGGCGGAGUAACAUAGUGGACAUGCUGAUAAUGAGAGGCGCCAGAAUCAACGUUAUGAAUCGGGGAGAUGACACCCCACUCCACCUUGCCGCCAGCCAUGGGCACCGGGACAUUGUACAGAAGCUGAUUCAGUAUAAGGCCGACGUCAACGCAGUCAAUGAACAUGGCAACGCCCCCUUGCACUACGCUUGCUUCUGGGCACAGGAGGAGGUGGCCGAGGACCUGGUGAAUAACUCGGGCCUGAUCUAUAUCUGUAACAAGUAUGGUGAAACCCCGCUGGACAAGGCCAAGGCUCAACUAAAGGAACUGCUGAAAGAUCGAGCAGAGAAGAUGGGGCAGAGUAUGAGCAGGAUCCCCUAUAAAGACACUUUCUGGAAAGGGACAACUCGAACCCGACCACGUAACGGCACCCUGAACAAACAGGCCGGCAUUGACUACAAGCAGCUGACCCUCAGCCACAAACUCAAUGACAACCAUUCUGGAGAGCUCUGGAAGGGGCGUUGGCAAGGAAAUGACAUCAUUAUCAAGGUGCUGAAAAUCCGGGACUGGAGCACAAGGAAGAGUCGAGACUUCAAUGAGGAAUACCCCAAACUAAGGAUCUUCUCUCACCCCAAUGUUCUGCCAGUUCUGGGUGCCUGUCAGUCCCCCCCCGCGCCCCACCCUGUGCUCAUCACUCACUGGAUGCCGUACGGGUCCCUCUAUAAUGUCCUGCACGAGGGCACAAAUCUGGUGGUGGAUCAGUGCCAGGCAGUGAAGUUUGGGUUGGACAUCGCUCGGGGAAUGGCCUUCCUACACACCCUGGAGCCGCUCAUCCCACGCCAUUACCUGAACAGCCGCAGCGUCAUGAUUGAUGAGGACAUGACGGCCCGGAUCAGCAUGGCGGAUGUGAAGCUCUCCUUCCAGUGCCCGGGCCGGAUAUACAGCCCCGCGUGGGUGGCGCCUGAGGCGCUGCAGAAACGCCCUGAGGAUAUUAACCGUCGCUCUGCCGACAUGUGGAGUUUCGCUGUUCUGCUGUGGGAGCUGGUGACCCGGGAGGUUCCGUUCGCCGAUCUCUCCAACAUGGAGAUUGGCAUGAAGGUGUCCCUUGAAGGCCUCCGUCCCACCAUCCCCCCGGGGAUCUCGCCCCAUAUCUGCAAGCUGAUGAAGAUCUGUAUGAACGAGGACCCGGCCAAGCGCCCCAAGUUUGACAUGAUCGUCCCCAUCUUGGAGAAGAUGCAGGAGAAAUAAGUGCGCGGCCGACACUCGCACAACCGCUAUACUAGUGCCAACACACAAACUCACAGCUACACAAUCACACAGCCUGCCCGGCCGUGCCACGCGGGUACUAAGUGCCUUUGCAUGAAUGAGAAAUUUGCCCAAACCUGCCCUGUGGCAAAUGGGCAGUGGCACCUACUAUUGCCAUUAUCUGGGGUACAGAGAACCCACUAUUGCCAUAGCCUGGGGUACAGAGAGCCCACUAUUACCAUAGCCUGGGGUACAUAGCUAGGGUACAUAGAACCCACUAUUGCCAUAGCCUGGGGUACAUAGCUAGGGUACAUAGAACCCACUAUUGCCAUAGCCUGGGGUACAGAGAGCCCACUAUUACCAUAGCCUGGGGUACAUAGCUAGGGUACAUAGAACCCACUAUUGCCAUAGCCUGGGGUACAGAGAGCCCACUAUUGCCAUUAUCUGGGGUACAGAGAACCCACUAUUGCCAUAGCCUGGGGUACAGAGAGCCCACUAUUACCAUAGCCUGGGGUACAUAGCUAGGGUACAUAGAACCCACUAUUGCCAUAGCCUGGGGUACAGAGAGCCCACUAUUACCAUAGCCUGGGGUACAUAGCUAGGGUACAUAGAACCCACUAUUGCCAUAGCCUGGGGUACAGAGAGCCCACUAUUACCAUAGCCUGAGGGACAUAGGCAGGGUACAGCAAGCCCACUAUUGCAAUAGCCUGGGGUACAGAGAGCCCACUAUUACCAUUGCCUGGGGUACAUAGUUAGGGUACAUAGAACCCACUAUUGCCAUAGCCUGGGGUACAGAGAGCCCACUAUUACCAUAGCCUGGGGUACAAAGAACCCACCGAAAGUGCCAGCUGGGGCAUGUGGGUGGGGUAUGGGCACCCCAUCGCCAUAGUUACGGGCACAUAGGCAGGGUAUCAGGAGCCCACCGUCUGUCCCUGGCACCGGGGCGUGGGCACAGCCCAUUCUGGCCUUUAACACUCAUCAUUUCACUAGAACCUUUGGGGUCCAUUUGCAUUUCUGGGUUUGCCCCAUACAGUUGGUCCCUGCUGACUCAGUACCGGUACCGUGUAACAAGCGGCAGGAACCAGUAUGUUCAGAAGCAGCUCUGAUUGGUUACUGGGGGCCGGCUGGUGUUUGUGUGUCGGUUACUGCCGAGUUUUGUUUGGUGCAAUCGUGCAGGUACCGCCCCCUUCCUAUAUCUGCCCCGCCUCCACUGCCGCUGCCACCCAUAUAUAUAUAGCGCCUGUCCUGCAAGUGUAUAAAUAUUUAUAUCUGUAUCACUAUGCCAUGUAUCUUACUGUAUGGGGGUGCCCACCGCUCCCCUCUUUCAGCCCAAGAAAGCUAAAGUAUUUUUUUUAUAUAAAUUAACCCUUUGCACCUUGUGACAAACUAAUAAAUAUUAUUUUAAAAAUA